AUGGGAUUCUAUCUACGUCUCAAGCUCAAGGCAUUCCGGCUGAAACGGUUUCUUCUAGGACAUGAUGGCAGAAGGAGAAAGCACAUGCAGGCAAAGAAACCUUCAUGGAUGAUGCCAAUAACACAUGGUUAUCAUGUGGUGGAGCAUAAUUUGACCAGAGAUGGUUCUGAUGAUACAGACUUUGAUUCAGUUGUGGCACAGAGAGAGCAAAUGGAUCACACAGAAUUGUGGUAUUUUGAAAUCUCCGAUGCACUAAUUGGAGACAGGGUUACCAAGUACAUGCAAUCUCAUUUCUUUGACAAGAAGCUUGAAGAGUCUCAUAUAAGGAGAAAAGGCAAGGAAACGCUGAAGAGAGCUUACCUUGGUGUGCGAGCAAAGAUCAGAGAGGAACACAAAUUAGAGGAGACAAGCAGAAUGGGUUCAGCAUCUGUUAUGGUGAUCAAUGGAGAAAAACUUGUAAUAGCCAAUUUGGGAGAUUAUAGAACUGUUGUGUGCAGAGAUGGCAUAGCAUAUCAGACAACUGGCUCAUACCAACAAUCAACUCAAAGACAUUGGUCUCGGAGACUCUUUGCAGCAUGCCAAUCAAGAAACGCAGCUGGUGUAAAGCAUUCUAGAGGCUCAGAACUUGUCGUCAGAAGUGAAAGGAUAGAUUCUGAUACUGAAUUUUUGAUAUUAGCAAGCAACGGUAUAUGGGAGGUGAUGAAAAACCAAGAGGCUGUGAAUUUGAUCUGUCACAUAGAGGAUCCGCAAGAAGCAGCUGAAUGCUUGGCAAAGGAAGCUUUCAUUAGGAUGAGCAAAAGCAGCAUUUCAUGCUUAAUCAUUCGCUUUGACUAACGCCUCACCAAAAGCAACAUUUCAUUGGUUUAAAAUUUUGCAUGCCAAAGCUCCUUAUAGCAUUGAUCCUUAUUAGACCACUGUUGGUCAUAGUCAUCACACAAUUUCAUGGCACAGCUUCAUCAUUACACAUCUCAAUUGACU